GCUUUUCCGAUUUUUCCAAUGCAUCUAGUAUGUAGACGCCAUUAUUGCAGGCUACAUUUUACGGCGUGAUGUCACGUUCUGUGUGUAGGAACCAUUAUCGCGUCCUGUUUGCUCCAGUUUGUGAGAAUCAUACCGCUAUUUGAAUUGGAAAACCAAAAAAGAGGAAUCAGAAGAAAAAGGAAAACUAUAUCGCUAGAUAAUGUCUCAAUUAGAAGGUUGGACGCACAUGUGCGGAAUGGAAAUGGUAAAAUGCAAUAAAUGCAAUUAUUACGUGGCAGUGGAAGAAGAAGAGACGAAGAAAAGUGACAAGAAAUCCAAAAAAUUCGAAAAAGCUAUACUUGCACGAGAAAUUAGGGCGACGUUAAUGUCGAUACAAAAAUAUGAUGACGAGCGUGUACAAAAAAAAAUAUUAAGAAGAUUUAAAAAAUGGUUCAAGACACGAUCAUCACAUGAUAACUUUACGAAGGAACAUUUUUUAAUCUUAUGGAAAAUCUUUUUUGAUUUUAUAUGUAUUGAAACGAACCUAUUAAUCCAGGAAGAGCUGGUGAAGUUAUUCAGCGAACUUGUGCACUGCCUGAAAACAAGAGAAACAAUUAUACUUUACAUUACCUGUGCCCUACAGACGUUUGCUACCAAAUGGUAUGAAAUAAAUCGUAGACAAGCUUCAUUCUCCAUGUUAGCCGCAAUGAUUAUUCGUCAAACGUUUGUAGUUUGUGAAAAUCAAUCUUGGGACAUGAUAUGGAUAACAAAAUUCACAAAAAUGUUUACGCAAUUCUUUUUGCAUGAAAAAAACGAAGAAUUUAUUAUAUAUAUGGCAAAGAAAUAUGUGGUGGAGAGUGCCAAGAUUUGUGGAAGGAAUGAAAAUCUAUCAGAUGGUGUAAUCCGUGAAUUUUUUACACCCUUCAUUGAGGGUAUAAAACGAGGAGAGGAACUAAAAAAGAUGAAACGUGGCAUGUUACUGUCUGUAAGAUAUAACGAACUUGUACAUGUCUAAUUAUAAGAUAUCACCAUAGUACAUAAUCGAACGCAUGUGUAAAACUACGAAUUUCAAAACAGUUAUUAAAUAAAUAUCUCUGA